AUGGCAGACUUUGGAAAACUCAUCAGGUUCAAAGAUGCAUAUGGUGACAUCUACCACGGCGAAGCGGAAGGGCUACCAGCAAUCACCAAGAGUGGGCUCAUCGGCUCUUCCGUGCCUGUCUAUUCGGGAGAGAGUCCAUGGGAUCCCGACUUCAAGCUUCUUCCGGAAACGAGAACAAUCGCUGAGGUUCUUCCACCACUCGCGGACAUACCGGUCAUUUAUUGCAUUGGCAUGAACUACAAGUCUCAUGCCGGAGAAGCUGGGGCACAUGUCUGUCGAGUGGUGUUGAUAGAACUGAUCUUGCGCUCAGGAGCAAGAGCCGCGGCAUUCGACACAAUCUCAGUCCAUCCGGAAUGCAUAGAGCUAGAUUACGAGGUCGAAUUGACGGUCGUUAUCGGCAAAGACUGCAAGAACAUCACUGAAGACGAAGAUCCGUUCGAUUAUGUCUUGGGCUACACGGUGGGUAACGACGUAUCUUCCAGAUACUGGCAGAAUGCCGCCCGUGGCAACGGUCAACCGGCGGUAGCAAAGUCCUUUGACAAAUUCGCCCCUCUUGGGCCGGUCAUUUCGUCAAAGAGAAUCAUUCCGGAUCCUACGCAGCUCAGGGUAAAGACGCGAGUCAACGGGGAGGAGAGACAGAACGCCACCACGGACGACUGGAUAUUUGAUCUUCCUCUUGUUCUUCGACAUAUCACCCGGGGUACGACGGUGCGUAAAGGGUCGGUCAUCAUGACUGGGACGCCCUCUGGUGUCGCUUUCUUCAUGAAGCCCCAAGCAUGGCUGAAAGAUGGAGACGUUCUGGAGACGGAGAUCCAAAACAUUGGUGUCAUGGAGAAUGCGAUAUCGUACGAGCGAGAGCCGGGUAAGAGACUUCAAUCGCUGUAG